AUGUCUUCGAUUAUAAAGAACAAAAAGCUUCAUAACGUCAUAAAAAAUAUAUUUAAAAGCCAAGGGCAUAUUCUUACCCAGUCAUAUGCACAGCGAGCAACUCAAGAUACAUCUCUAGACGAUACUGGGCACGAUUGGUCAAAAUCAUUUUAUGGAUUAUCUUUGCAGCCCUUUCCAAAGGAAGCUAUUGAGAUUUUAUUGAAACCUGUUGAUCCGGAUGAUGUGGAGUGCAAGCCUGAUGGAAUGAUUUAUCUUCCUGAAAUAAAAUAUCGUCGUAUCUUGAAUCUGGCUUUUGGGCCGGGAGGAUGGGGACUUGCACCACGCGGUGAAAAUUCCGUAAGUCCAAGGAAUAUUUCAAGAGAAUAUGCACUCGUGUGUCUAGGAAGAUUGGUUUCCGUUGCACGUGGCGAACAAGAAUAUUUUGAGCCAUCUGGUCUUGCUACGGCCGCAGAAGGUGCUAAAAGUAAUGCACUAAUGCGUUGCUGUAAAGAUUUAGGAAUUGCAUCUGAAUUAUGGGAUCCCCGUUAUGUACGUGAGUUCAAAAACCGUUAUUGUGAAGAUAUAGUGGUUGAACAUGUAACGAAAAAAAUGCGGAAAAAGAUUUGGAAGCGAAAAGAUACGCCGGUUGAAUAUCCAUUCAAAAUGAUGUAA